AUGGAGCGGGGUGGGGAUUGGGCUGAGGGUGGUGCUGGCGCAACUAUUGGGCAGCGCACUUCGGGGCGGGGCUUGAGGGGGAGGGGCAGUCUCGGAAGUCAAAGGGAGGACGUGGGAUGGUGGCGGAGCUGGCUGCAGCAGAGCUACCAGGCAGUCAAAGAGAAGUCCUCCGAAGCUUUGGAGUUCAUGAAGCGGGACCUGACAGAGUUUACCCAGGUGGUACAGCAUGACACAGCGUGUACCAUCGCAGCCACAGCCAGCGUGGUCAAGGAGAAGCUGACCACCGAAGGCUCCUCAGGGGCAACAGAAAAAGUGAAGAAGGGAUUGUCGGACUUCCUCGGGGUAAUCUCAGAUACCUUUGCUCCCUCGCCGGACAAAACCAUCGACUGUGAUGUAAUCACCCUGAUGGGUACACCCUCCGGCACGGCCGAGCCCUAUGAUGGCACUAAGGCUCGCCUUUACAGCCUGCAGUCAGACCCAGCAACCUACUGCAACGAACCUGAUGGGCCCCUGGAAUUAUUUGAUGCCUGGCUUUCCGAGUUCUGCUUGGAGGAGAAGAAGGGGGAGAUCUCAGAGCUUCUUUUAGACAGCCCCUCCAUCCGGGCCCUUUACACCAAGAUGGUUCCAGCAGCUGUUUCCCAUUCAGAAUUCUGGCAUCGGUAUUUCUAUAAAGUCCAUCAGCUAGAACAGGAGCAGGCCCGGAGAGAUGCCCUGAAGCAGCGGGCAGAACAGAGCCUCUCAGAAGAGCCUGGCUGGGAGGAGGAAGAAGAGGAACUUGUGGGCAUUUCACCCACAUCUCCAAAAGAGGCGAAGGUUCCUGUGACCAAAACUUCCACAUCCCCUGAGGGAGGACCUGGCCGCCACAACCCUUGUGAAGAGACACCAGUGCCUGCAGUUGAGCCCCCAGCAGAGGUGACUCCUUCGGAGAGCAGCGAGAGCAUCUCCCUCGUGACGCAGAUUGCCAACCUUGCCACCGUACCUGAGGCACCAGUGGUGCCCAAAGACCUAUCUCAAAAGCUGCUGGAGGCAUCUUUGGAGGAACAGGGCCUGGCCUCGGAUGAAGGCGAGACUGGACCUCCACCUCCAGUUCCCUCCAAGUCCCUAACCCCUGCUGGCCGCCCUAGUGGCCCAGAACCCAGGCCUCCAGCCAGAGUAGAGACUCUGAGGGAGGAGGUACCCACAGACUUAAGGGUGUUUGAGCUGAACUCAGACAGUGGAAAGUCUACACCCUCCAACAAUGGCAAGAAAGGCUCAAGCACGGACAUCAGUGAGGACUGGGAGAAGGACUUCGACUUGGACAUGACCGAAGAAGAAGUACAGAUGGCCCUUUCCAAAGUGGACGCCUCUGGUGAGCUGGAAGAUGUAGAGUGGGAGGAUUGGGAGUAAGGGGAGCCAAAGUGAGCAGCUCCCCCACUACACCUCCCACCUCCCUGGCUCAUCUCAGCCCAGCCCCGGAUGACACUGAGAAUGUUCCCCAAAUGGCCUCUGCUGUCCCGUGCUCUGAGCACAGGUUCUGUGCUCCCUGCUGGCCUUUAGGCCUCUACUCACACCUGGGAAGGAGAUCUCUAAAUCCAAACCCAGAACUCUGACUUGUGCCAACCUUAGGAUGAUCUAAUGGGAAGACACUGAUGCCUUCACCGAGAGCCUACAUUUUGCCACUGAACACCCACUGCUCUUGGGGACUCCUGCAGCAAAAUCCCAAGGACAGCUCUGGCCCUUCUGUGUGCAGACAGAAGUUUAACCACCAGUCUCUUCAAGGAAGCAGAGACAAUACAUUGUCCACUCCUAUGCAGGCCAGGACGCCGUGCCACCUGUCCUUGGCUAAAAAGGGGCAGUGAGCAUAAUUUGGUUCCUGUUGCAAUGUGUGAGAGGCACUCAUUUCUGGGAAAUUUGCGUCUCUUGGGAAUCUUCCCCUUCCAGCAUAUUCCACUCCUGGAAAGGAUCUUUGGGGUUCGGAAUCUAGAGACCAAACCAGAAUUCACCUCCUUCCUUCUCUUCUGCCCACAUGGGGAUGUCCUCACAGUUUCCAGGGCUUCUUCAUUUCAGAUGCACCCAAGUCCUUAGCCCAGCUGUGCCACUGUAAGGUCCACUCUUGGAAUCCUUUCCCUCCCCAAGAGAGGAGGGGGCCGCUCCAGGCACUCCUGUGCAUUGCCUGGCAGAAUACCUGUCCACCUCAGCUCCCCUGUAGCUUAAGGCACAAGGCAGCUCCCAGCAGUAUGGAACAGUGAG